AUGGCGUCGGAAGAAGACCAGCCAGUGAAGAUGGACGUGCAUGGCGAAGGAGGCGAGGAAGCUGCAGCCGCGGACACCGGAGCAGCCGCGAAUGACGAUCCUAUGGCCCAAGACGGGGCUGAAGAGAACGGAUCUGCUGAAGCGGCCGCAGCUGCAGCCGCUGCCGCUGCUGCUGCAGCGGCCGUAGCGGAAGCAGCAGCGGAGGAGGAAGCGGCAGCGGAAGAGGCGGCUGCUGCCGCGGCUGCUCAGGCUGGCGCUGUUCCUGCGGCGCCGCCAGCGCCGACGGAGGAGGAGCGGCUAUGGGGUCUGGUGCGCGCCAACUCGGGGGACUUUGAGUCGUGGGUCGCGCUCAUUCAGGAAAGUGAGAAAUCGGACAAGCUCGAGAACCUGCGCGCAGUGUACGACACGUUUCUGGCGGAGUUUCCGCUGUGCUUCGGGUACUGGAAGAAGUACGCGGACCACGAGCAGCGCCACGCCAACAAGGAGCGCGUGCUGGAGGUCUUCGAGCGCGCCGUCGCCGCCGUGCCGUACAGCGUCGACAUCUGGCUGCACUACGUCAACCACCUCACCGCCACCGUCGAGGAUCCCGAGGAGAUCCGCAGGCUGUUUGAGCGCGCGCUGGUGUACGUGGGGACGGACUACCUGUCGCACACAGUGUGGCAGAAGUACCUGGACUACGAGGGCGCGCGCUCCGAGUGGAGCAAGGUCGCCGCCAUCUACACGCGCAUGCUGCAGGUGCCGCUGCAGCAGCUCGACCACUACUACCACGCCUUCCGCCACUUCGCGACAACCCAUACACUGGACGAGAUCCGCACGCCUGAGGAAUCCGCCGCAGCCGCGGCGGAAGUGGCGGCUGCUGCUGCCGCCGCCCUCAAGGUGCAGACAGCCGUCCCCGCCCAGCCCGCUGGGGAGGACGGGACCCCUGCUCCAGGCGCGGAGGAGGCGAAAGAGGGAGAGGGCGAGGCUAAGGCAGCAGAAGGUGACGCUGCUGCUGGUGGUGAUGGUGCUGCUGCGGGUGCUGAUGCUGCGCCAGGAGCAGAGACCACCAUGGCCGAUGCUGCUGCUCCUGGCGACGCUGCCACCCCCGCUGCCACUCCUGCUGCCGCCCCUGCCGCAGUCCCCACCCCCGCCCCGCCGCCUGCCUCCGCGCCCGCGCCAGUGCCAGUGGCGAAAACAGAGGAGCAGCAGCUGGCGGAGUACCUGGCGCUGAGGGACGUGAUGUACCAGAGCAGCAAGCGGCGGGAUGGGGAGAUCCGGGAGUAUGAGGUGGUGAUCAAACGCCCGUACUUCCAUGUGAAGCCCCUGGACGAGGCUCAGCUGAACAACUGGCACCGCUACUUGGAUUUUACCGAGAAGGAGGGCAACAUUGCACGGACGAUCAACAUUUAUGAGCGCUGUGUGGUGCCGUGUGCCAACUACCCCGAGUACUGGGUGCGCUAUGUGGAGUGCAUGGAUGCUAAUAACGAGGAUGAAAGAGCCAAGGAUGCUCUGCUCAGAGCCACUGCUGUGUUCGUUAAGCGCCGCCCGGAGAUCCACCUGUUUGCCGCCCGGUACAAGGAGCAGCAUGGGGACGUGGAGGGUGCCACGUCAGCGCUGGACACGGCUGCAUCGCUGGCAGCGGGCCUGCUGGAGCUGACGGUGCAGAAGGCCAACCUGGAGAGACGACAGGCUGGUGUAGUGGCAGGGGCAGCAGUGCUGGAAGCAGCAGUGCAGGCGGAGAAGGAGAAAGAGGGAUCCAAGAUCCUGCCCUAUCUGCACCUGCAGCACGCCCGCUACCUGCUCACUGUGGGUGGAGAGGAAGACAAGGCUCGCGAGGCAUUCAAGGCAGCGAUCGAUGCUGCACCGGACAACAAGACCAUCUGGCAGGCGGCCAUAUCCUUUGAGGCGUCGCUGCCGGGUGCAUCGCCGUCGAUGCGCAUGGGGCGAGUGGAAGCUCUGGUGGCAGAUGCACUGGGUAGAGUGAAGGCGGAUAACACACCACUGCUCUCCGCUGCUGACCGUGAGGACAUCUCUACUAUCGCCGUCGAGCUAGCGGAUCUCUUUGGGGAUACAGCAGCAGUGAAGCAAGCAGCAGCGCGCCACCGCUCCCUCUUCCCCUUCAAGCGUCCCACCGCCGCCGCCACCACCGCCGCUGCCGACUCGCGCAAGCGCACCCACCCAGACGGCACCUCCUACCCCGACCGUUCCGGAGGGUACAAGCACCACCGCGCCUCUGCCCCCUCGUCCAACUACUAUGGUGCUGCGGGCGCUGGUGGUUACGGUGGAGCGGCGGGAGGGGGGUAUGGGGGGUACGGGGGGCAGAGGCAGCAGGGCGCGUGGCAGCAACCGGCAGCUGCUGCUGCUGCAACGCCGGCGUCGCCUGCAGCGGCUGCUGCAGCGCCGGCUGCGGCUUCUUCGCCUGCCCAGCAGGGGCAAUGGGGAGCGUAUGGGCAACAGGUGAGGGGGAUGGUGGAGGGGUUGGGUGUGGGUGGAUGGGUAUGGAGCAUAAGGGGGUGUGGCACAGGUAUGGAGCAGAAGGGGGUGUGGCACAGCAUGGUUACCGCCUCAACUACCGUUACCCGAGCAGCCCUUCAGAACGCUGAGCGCGUUCUCCGCCAAUGGCAUUCCGACGCGUCAUCACACGGCGGCGGAAGCAGCGCGAGCAGCCGACCCUCCUCCCGCAGCAGCACGCGCUCCGCGUCCUCCCAGACCAGUGACACGUCAACAGCAAGCCUCCGCCUAUGGGAAGGCUCGAGCGUCCACGUGGACGCGUACCUGCAAGCCCUAGAUUCCAUCCAAUCCGUGAUCGACACGUGCGAGUCGGGCAGAUACGGCGGAAACAGCAGCGAAGCUGCCGAGAUGCUUCACAGAGCUAAGUGGUUCGCGGCCGCGGCGCGGCCGUGGCUAGAGCAGGGCUUCUGGUACGUUCUUAAAGCGCAUUCUAAGCCGCUAGAACCGGAGGCGGUUUACCAAGCUGCGUCUAAGAGCCGAACGGGCGGCAGCAGCGGCGGCAGCGCGAGGGGGUCUAAGGGAGGCUCGGACGGCGGACCGUACCUGAUGCAGCCCCAUGCUGCAGUGCAGGUUCGGGAGGUGGCUCGGCGGAUGGUGCAGGCUGGUUUGGGACAGACGUGCCUGGAGACUUACCGCGCAAUUCGGAGGCAGGCGUUGGACAGAACUCUCGAGCAGCUGGCAGCGGGGCAGUUCCGCCCCGAGGACAUGGGGGGCGUGCGGUGGGAGGCGCUGGAGGAGCGCGUGAAGGCGUGGAUGCAGUUCGCGCGGCUGGCCGUGCGCGUCGUGCUGCUGGCUGAGAGAAGGCUAUGUGACUCCGUGUUCCACGGGCAGGGGAAUUUGGCGGAGAUGUGUUUUCACGAGGUGGCGUCAUCCGCGGUGCGAUUCAUAUUCGCCUUUGCCGAGGCCUUUGCUCUCGACAAGCGUCUGGCGGAGCGACUCUUCUCCAUGCUGGACCUCUAUGAGAACAUGGCGGGCCUGAAGCCUGACUUUGAUGCUGCGUGCAAAGGGGACGGCCCCUGCACGGGCUUCAGGGACGACUUCACUUUGGUGGUCACUCGCCUGGAACACGCCAUCAACGCCAUCCUCACACACUUUGAAACGGGCAUUGAGAGCGACGUGUCAGACAUCCCCGCCACCGCCACCAUCCAUGGGCUCACGCGCUACGUUGUCAACUACGUGAUUCUGCUCUACGAAUACCGGGACUCGCUUGAAAGGCUGUUUAUACGAGGCGAUGCUGCUACUGCUGGGAAGAUUCACAAGCUGGUUGCUUCGAAGAAGAAGGGAGGAGGGAGGGAUGGGAGCGGGAGGGAUGGGGGGAGGGAUGGGGGGAGGGAUGGGGGGAGGGAUGGGGGGAGGGGAGAAGGUGGGUUGGAGACCCCGAGUGCGUCGAGUGGGAGUGAGAUGAGUGGGAGCGGUGAGGAGGGGAGUGGGACGGAGGGGAGUGAGAGUGAGAGCGAGGAGGAGGACGAGGAGGAAGCAAGGAGGCGGGAGCAGGCGAGGAAAGAAGCACGGAAGGGGUUCAGAGGAGCAGGGGUGCCGGAGUAUGCAGGGCUGGGGCGCAAGGUGGUGUGGCAGCUGGCGGUGUUGGAGAAGAAUCUGCAGGGCAAGGCGAGGCAGUACAGGGACCCUGCUCAGGGCGAGGUGUUUCUGCUCAACAACAUCCACUACAUGGCGCGCAAGGUGAAGGAGUCGGACAUGCUAGUGGCGGUGAAGGAGUCGGACAUGCGAGUGGUGGUGGGGGACGACUGGGUGCUUAACCCUUGCUUCUGCCCCUUGAUAAAACUGCCUCCCGUCUCCUCCUCUGCUCGUUUGCAGGUGAAGGAGUCGGACAUGAGGGUGGUGGUGGGGGACGACUGGGUGAGGAGGCAGGCAGCGUUGGUGAGGCAGCAUGGCAGCGAGUAUCUGCGCUUCUGCUUCUCCCGCCUCUCCUACACACUCCGUAUCGACCCCUCAACACAGCUGCACAAGAGCACGCUCAAGGAAAAAUUCAAGGCGUUCAACAUCCUGUUGGAGGAGAUCCAUCGCGACCAAACGCGGUGGCUUGUCAACCCCGGCCCGCUGCGGGACGAGUUACGACUGGCGGUGAAGCAGCGUGUGCUCGCACCCUACACCGACUUUUAUCUCGCUUACAAGCAUGUCAUGGAGGCCUCGAGGCACCCGGGGAAAUACCUGCGGCAUGAUCCUGUGGAGGUUAAUGAGAUGCACAUGGGGCGGGGGGAUGCGGCGGACGGGGGCCUGCGCCGGCAGCAGCAGGAGCGCGCAAUCGCUGACGUCAUGGGGACGGGGGAGCUGCGCGCCGCUGUGGUCGACAUGGCGCGCGCGCUCAUCGCCGCCGACGCGAACGACCCCGCGGCGGCGGAGCGCGCGCAGCAGCGCAGGCUGGCGGCGGACAUGGCUCGCGCAAUCAUGGCAGCGGAGCAGGCGGCGGCGCGCGUGAGCGACGGUGAGCGCGCGAAGCGGGCGUUCCGCAGCCUGUGGUUCGACUUCCCGUCCGCGCAGCCGCGCGACCUGGCUGCGCUCGCUGCAGCUAUCAGAAAGCAGGUGGACCUGAUCCCAUCCACUGGCAGCAGCAGCAGCAGCAGCAGCAGCAGCAGCAGCACCACCACCACCACCACCACUACCAGCAGCGGUGUUCCGUCCUUUCCCAUCACGAGCCGGUUCCUCUCAGGCCUCUCAUACGUUGCAGCAUCCGCGCACAAGGCACAGCCAGGCGGAAGCAGCACACCCGCCAGCAUCGCAGCUUCUGCAGCCGCCGUAGGGGAAGGAGGGAGGGAAGGACCUGGGGUGACAGCGGCAGUUGGGGAAAGGGACGCUGGAGUGGGCGAGGAGCAGGGGGCAGCAGGCAGGCAGCUUGCAGACGCUGCUGCUCAGAUUGCGGCUUCUCUCCUGGUGAAGCUGCCCGCAAACUGUUUCAAGCUGCCUGGCAACGCUGGAGUGAAGGCAUUCGCAGCUGCCCUCUCCUCCUUGCACCUCGACCCUCCGGAGCUCCCCGCCCCUCCUGCCGAACCUCCGGCCGAACCUCCUACCGAACCUCAGUCAAAUGAAGCCAGAGCUUUGGGCAACGAGGCUAGUGAGACGGCUGGAGAAGGACCAGCUGUACCUGAAGCAAAUGGCAGCAGCCCCAGCGGUGCCAUGCCCGUUGCUGCCGACGUUGACGGUGUGGGCCAUGCAGAGAGGGAGACAGACGAUCGCACGGACUCAGACGAAGCAUCUGACGCAUCGGAUUGGCUCCCCCUGGAAGACGAGUCUCUCUCAUUGCCUUCCACUCUAGACCAUCACCACCAUCACCAGCAGCAGCCACAGCACCAGCAACAGAGGCACGUAGAGGAUGCCUCUGAUUGGCCAGUUCUGCUUGCAAAAUGGGCGGCAUUGGUCGGCAGCUUGCAGGGCGUUCUUCCCGGCAGUGCUGACUCAGCGUGGGGCCAGGCGGGGAUGAUUGAUGACGUGGUGAGGCUGGCGGUGCUGAUUGGCGCACAGCCAAUCACAGACGGACAGACAGAAGGCAAUAUUGGCAGCCGUUCAAUAGGCAGUGGGGAAGUGAAGGAGGGUAGGGAUGCUGAUGGGGGUGGGGAUGGGGUUGUGGAAAAGGGUGUGGAUGGGGAUAAGCGUGUGGCAGAGGGAGGAGUGGGAUGCGGUGCAGUGGGUGGUGAGGGUGCAUACCCCGUGCUGCUAUCCUUCUAUCUGGACCUCCUCUCCCUUAGACUGCUGCACAUCUGCUCUUCCUCCUCCUCCAACCCUGCCACCGGUGCCAAUGUGAUAUCACAGACAAUAGAAGCCAUCCACACUGCUGCCUCCUCCCCUCGCCUCUCCCUCCCUUCUUCCGUCUCCUCCCCCUCUCCACUCUCGAGCACUCCUCCGCCCGCCAAGCCAACCCCUCCUGCACUCACGGCUACAGCUACCUCCCUCGCCCUCCUCUCGACCCUCAUCUCUCAGCUCUCUGCCUCAUCAUCCCCCAACGCGUCUGCAGCUAAGGGGAAGGAUGAACGUGGGGGGAAAGGGGGAGCCAGAGCACCAGGCUUGGCAGGAGGUUUGGAGGAGAAGCUGGUUCGGCGGAAGGUUUGGGCGGCUGUGAACGCGUUUUGCCCUGGGUUGGGGGAUCUGGUGCAAUGGGCAUCGACCAAUCACACUGCAGCGGCAGCAGCAAGUGCGACAACAGCAACAGCCACUGCUCAAUUCUUGAUCCACUUGCAGCGGGUGCUGCUGUUCUGGAUCCAAUCCGCUGCCUCCUCCGCCCCUUCCCCUACUGUUGCUCGCACCGUUGGUGACUCGGCCAUCAAGUCUGGUCUCUGUCGAGCCCUCGUGGCAGCACACGCCUCCCUCGCACCAUCCAAGCCACGCGCUCCCGCCACACAGCAGCCCACAGACACACACGCAGCACCACCAGCCACAUCCCAGUUUCCCACGUCAUGGCAGUGGCUUGACACUGUGCUGCUCUUCCUUGCUGUAAGCGCCCUUGCCCAAUAA